GUUGUAUUGCGCAAGAAGGAUUAAGUUGAUUAGUCAAAAGAAUUUGGAGGCGGGGCAUAUGGGUCGUCCUUACAAAGGAAGGAAGAGGAGGUGUUAGGAAUGCCUGCUGGAGGGUCUAUUGUCCAGGGCCCUGAGAACCUGAGUCUGUUCUUCGGCCAGCUCCCUCCCCUGCCCCCACUCUUCCGUGGCACGGAUCUGAAAGCCCUUCGACCCUGCAUUCGAAAGUUCUCCAGCCCGACCUCCGCAAUGUUCCGGGGAGAGCAUGGACAUUAUCGGGAACAAUCGAAGAAGAAGCGUGUGGUUUUCGCUGACUCCAAAGGAAUGUCCCUAACAGCCGUGAGAGUCUUGUUUGAGAUUGAGGAGCGUCCUCGGAUGAUCCCUCUACCGUCGCUACGAGAGCUGGGGGCCAUGACGAACGGCACAGUCAGCACAUGCAGACAGGGGCCACAGUGGAGGCUAGACUUUCAACUGCCCGCACCAGACGUCGCUUCCAGACUGCAGGAUGUGAUGGUCCUCCUGGAGAACUGCAGCGUGUCUGCCUCUGCCAUUCAUGGGACCGUGCGUGUGAUGAAUGUCAGCUAUGAGAAGGACGUCCACAUACGGAUCACCUUUAAUUCCUGGCGUAGCUACCUCGACGCGCCAUGUGCUUUCAUGCAGCAACUGUAUAGCGGACACGAUAAAGACAUCUUUGAGUUUACCGUUGCCUUCCCUAAAUCUCUGGAUGAGAAGGACAAGAUAGAAUUCUGUUUUCAGUAUCUGCCUGGUGGCUACACAACUCCAUUCUGGGAUAACAACAAUGGGAAGAACUAUAUCCUUUGUCACUGAUUGUUUUUUUUUUAUCGCCCGACCUUUUUCUUGCUGAAAUGUUGCUUUCUGUUAUGAAUUAAACUGUUUUUAAUUAC